AUGAGUCAGGUUAAGAACCUCCGCGCCAUGUUCGAGAACAAGGGCGACACGAGCCCCGAAAGAGGUCGAUCGUCUGGCGCCUCUACUCCCGUCCAAGGCACCAGUGUCGUAUCUGAAUCGCCUCGACCUCUGUCAAAAGUCAGAACCAACUUUGUUGCUAUUGAGAAGGACGGAAGGAUAGGCCUCCAAAGAGAUCCCAGCCACGAGUCCAGUGUCUCUCGCCGCCGGUUAAGCAUGGAUACCGACGCAGAAUCCGUUUCGACCAUCCCCGAUAGGCCCUCUGCAUCUCUGGAAGAUGCGCCACGAGGAAACAAGCCAUUUUUCCAAGAGGACAUUCCCGAAUCACCUCGUCUCCCAAUUGACCCCCCAAAGACACCCACGGAGCAGAUGGGAGCCGUUACCGAUGAACCCAGUGUCAACCCAGACAAGCAAAUUGACAAGGAGGAGGAGUCGCCUUCAUUGCUGCCAGCAGAGCCUGCUCUUGCAGAACCUGUUUCACAAGAACCCGCCCCAGAAGAACCCGCUCCAGCUUCGCCAAAGAAUGAGAACAAGGAGGAAAAGCCCGAAGCAGUUUCUGCAGCUCCCGCAACCACUAAUGGCAAGCCCAAGGCUACCACUCCUAAGGAGCUGGCCCCUGCAGCAAUUGUAAAGGCUGCCACCCCGAAGAAGACGACUACCGCUCGACCCAGUGCCGUUUCGACUAAGGCUACCAGCACCAAGCCUUCAGCAAAAUCCCCCUCUGCCGCAAAGCCUCCUGGCACCACUCAUAAACCUGAGACUAAGCCAACGGCCAGGACUGCCCAGGUAGCUAAGAAGGAACCCAGACAAGCUUCAGUCGCCACUUCCACAGCCACUCGGCCUACCGCGACUACAGCCAGCAAAAAACCGCAACCAUUGAAGCCUACUACUAGCGAUACUGGCUUUGUGAAGCCAAAGCCCAAAUCUCCCACGAAACCUGUGCAACUUCCUGCAUCUCUAAUGGCGCCAACUGCGGCAUCUGGAGCCAAGACAGGCCGUCAAGCUCAACCAGCAAGCUCGCAAAACCUCAACGUUCCUGCUCGACCCGGUAGCCGGGCCAGCGCAACAGGAACCAGCGCCAGCACUGGCAAGACAGUCAAACGCCAGCCCUCAAAUGUCGGCCGUCCACGACCAAGCCUUGGCCCUCCUCCCAAAAAGCCCUCCGACCCAACUCAUGCCAGGAAGGAAGCACCCGUUGACGAAGGCUUUUUGGCUCGCAUGAUGCGACCAACCCAGGCCUCAUCUUCAAAGACAGCCGAGAAGGUGCCCACCACGCCACCAAAGAAGACAGCGAAACGAUCUUCAUCGUCAGGAACCGAUCCUACGCGCCGCGAGUUUGGCGUCAAGACCCCAGGAAGUGCCAGAAAACAGAUCAGAAAACCCGUUGAGUCGAAGCCUUCCGCAGGAUCAGUAGCUUCGGAUGAAGCGCCAAUAAUUGAGAUUGUUUCGGAUGAACAGACCCCUGGCCACACCAAGCCAGAGCACUUAACGGAGGAGACCAAGGUAAACGACGCACAAAAAGACGCGAAGAAGCCCGAGUUGGCUGCCGCUGAGGAGGCUCCCAAGGAAGUUGAGUCUGCAGGGAGAGAAAGCCAGGCUCAAGAGGUUGUCAAGUCGCCAAUUGAGGAGAAGCAGGAAGCAGCCCGACCUAUCACCCCCCAAGAAGAGAAACCUGUCGAAGUUUCUGAGAAAACAGAGACACCGCCCCAAAAGUCUCCCGCCGACCAGCCUGCCGAGUCUGUUGUCGACUCUGAGAAGCCCACCGAGAACUCUGACAUUGUCCCCUUGGCGGAUGAGAGCUCUUCUCAACCCCCUGUUGUUGUAGAGGAGACAGCUGAGACCUCUGGCAACGAGCCAGAACAAGAGACCAAGCUAGAAGUUGUCCCUCUGCUGGAGAAGGACUCUGAGCCUGAUGCCGCUAAGAAGCAAAACACUGAGAUUGAAACUGCAACCGGGGACGAUAAGAUGGUUGAUGUCGAGACCACCGACGCCGCUGAAGAGAAGGAUACCACAGGACAACAGAUGGAGGAAGUGAAGAAUUGA